AUGGCCAUCUCAGACAGCAUUCCUGAUGUCACGGUCACCAUCCAAGUUGGCGACGAAGCGUUACAGGAGUAUAUCGGCAACGAAGACGAUGGACUGCAGAGCACGGUGACGCGCUACAUCCAAGUCGCACCAAACAUGAAUUUCGAAAUUCAUGCCGACCUUCAUGCCAUUCCAUCCAAUUUAUACCGCGAGGACGACCCACCCAAAGAAGACGAGAUACGUUUGAGACCACAAUUCGGUCUUGCGUGGUGCAUCUUUGUAGAUGGCAAAGAGCUUGAUUCAGUCCUUGUGUACGAUAGAAUGGCGAAGGCGUACUACUCAGCCGAAGACACGUGCCUCAGUCGAGGGGUUCGGUCUAGGGGCAAUGAGGUGCGACCAUAUCAAUUUUCGGCGAUCGAGGAAGGUGGAUCAAAGAACGACAAAUUGAGUGAGGAGAAGCUGGAGCAACUGGGCUCCAUUCGGAUCAUCGUGCAUCAUGUGCAGAUUCUCAAUCUGGUAAGACAGAAGAUCGUUCACGAAGACGACGUUAGCACUCUUGACGAGGCUUCUGUCAAAGGCAAGGAUAUUGUAACCAGCGUCAGCCUUGGCGAAGCUGCUCGGGCAAGUGCAUCUGUUUACAUUGAGGCGAUCCCUAUCGAUCCCGAUAAUCCCGUCGCGACUUAUGAAUUUCUAUAUCGCUCGCGAGCCGAACUUCAGAAUCUCAGCAUCAUUCCGAGAGACCCGCAACCAGAGCGACAGCCAGACGCUGAAGAUGAAGACGAAGAUCGCGAUCUGGAGACGAUGACUCAAGAAGAGCAAUUGGCCGAGUUGAAACGCUUGAGAGCGGCUGCAAGGGAGCGAGGGGCGGAAACGAUCAGGAUCAAGGAAGAGAUUCGUGAAAAUGCUUCUCGUGCUGGGGGCCAUCGUCGAAAGACUCCAACUACUGUCAUCGUGCUUGGUGACGAUGGCGAGAUCCAGCAAGAGUACCAGAGGCCAGCAAAGUCCCAGAAUCCGGCUCGCCCAACUAUGGUCCUGGACUAAACUGCCUUCAAUUUGCUUCCGUGGCCAAUGCAAGCACAAGCACCACGCGACUCAGUUCUCUUUGCAGAUUCCAGAACAGCAUCGAAGUCGGAGAGCGAGCUCCAGCAAAAAGAGCUGCGUUCGCGAAUGCUCUUAAGGCUAGACGGCAGCCUCGAUGCUUUCCUGGCGUGCUAUUUUUUAUUUGAUCUGAGCUUCUUCAUACCACAUUCAUCAACUAUAAACCUG